GAUCCCAUGCACCUGCUGCUCCAGCAGCAGCAGAAACAGCAAUUACAGAAUGACCAUCAGGAUGGCAGACAAACUAAUAUGAAUUGCUGGAAUGCGCAAAACAUACCGCCAAUCAAAACGGAACCCAGAGAUACCUCACCGCAGCCCUUUGGCCUGUCCUAUAGAGCUCCGCCCGAGCUCACGCCAUCGCCGCAGCCGCUGUCACCGUCGAGCAACUACAAUCACAACAGCACGCCCUCGCCCUACAACAUGGCCUCUGCGGCCACGCCCACCAACAACCAGCAGCAACAGCAGCUGAUGUCGCCCAAUCAUCCCCAGCAGCAGCAACAGCAGCAACAGCAACAUCAGCAAUUUGGGGGAACAGAUCUGGGCAACAACUACAAUCCGUUUGCUCAGCAAGUACUCGCACAGCAGCAGCAACACCAACAGCAACAGCAACACCAACAGCAGCAACAUCAACAACAUCAACAACAGCAGCAGCAGCAGCAGCAACAGCAAGGUCUGCAAUUUCAAGCCAAUCCCUUUGGAAAUCCAGGUGGAAGUCACUGGGAGAGCAAGUUCUCGGCAGCUGCAGUGGCAGCAGCAGCAGCCGUAGCAGCGGGAGCAACAAAUGCCAAUGGCAACACAAACAACAGCAACAAUCUCAGCAAUCUCAAAUCCUUCACCAUGCACAACCUGCUCACAUCAGGUGGAGGUCCGCAAUGGAACCUGAGCACCAACCAUCUGCAUAAUCAGCAUACGCUUCAGCAGCAGCAGCAACUGCAACAGCAGCAGCAGCAGCAACAUGUCCCGCCCAUGCAUCAGUAUGAUAAUAAUGCACCUAGCAACAAUAAUCCCAACAAUAACAAUAAUAAUAAUAACAAUAAUAAUGGGGGCAGCCAGGCGGAUAAUGGUCCCACGAUCAGCAAUCUGCUUAGCUUCGACAGCGAGCAGCUGGUGCGAAUCAACUCAGAGGAUCAGCAGAUACUGCGCCUCAACUCCGAAGAUCUGCAGAUAUCAAACCUAUCCAUAUCUACGUAAUACCUUAUCGAAACGAACCGAAAGCCAAUCACAGAUGCAAAGAGCACAAAUAUAAGGAGGAGGAGGAUGAUGAUGAUAUAGCAUUAAACCUAAUCCGACCUGGUCGUCUUCAUAAUUGAUUGUUUUAGUGUUGUAAUAACUAGUUUUAAAUGCAAAAAUGUGUGUUUUGUAGGAUAUAAUAAUGUUUUUAAAUAUGAAU